GGACGCAUCCGGAAUCCCCGCGCGUGCGGGCGGGUAGCGAGGCGAGCGUGUUUCGGUCCGUGGGUUUCGGGCUACUAGAGCCGCCCGCCCCCGCGCACUGGGCCGGAAAGUUCUGCGUGCUCCAUCGGGAGCGGCGUGAGGGCCGGGAAGGAAAUAGCAAAAUCUUUAUGGACUUGGUCUGAAUCAGGAGUCCAGAUGAGCUUAAAGAAACCGGGGCUGAACCCUUAGUUUUUCGUCUCCACGCCCACUGAACCCCUCCAUGCCGGCUCCCGGCCUGUGGAGCGAUUGCCCCGUUCUGUGAUGGGAAAGCGAAGGACUCCGUCGUCGCUGGCCUCAGGGUCAUCUAAAGAGAACUGACAGGGAAGCAGUGCAGCCAUGGAGAAGAAUUCAAGCUUGUGGAAGAGCCUGGUGACGGAGCACCCACUCUGCACCACCUGGAAGCAAGAGGCGGAAGGGGCCAUUUUCCACCUCGCCAGUAUCUUGUUUGUGUUCGUUCACAUCGCGUACCAGGUUCACAGCAUCACCUUCGCCCGAGAAUUCCACGUGCUGUAUAGCUCCCUCUUCAAGCCCCUCGGCAUCCCUUUGCCCGUCUUCAGAACAAUUGCCCUGAGCUCCGAAGUGGUUACUCUGGAAAAGGAGCACUGUUACGCCAUGCAGGGGAAGACCUCCAUUGAUAGACUCUCCGUGCUGGUCUCAGGAAGGAUCAGAGUGACCGUCGAUGGCGAAUUUCUGCACUAUAUUUCCCCCUUUCAGUUCCUGGAUUCUCCCGAGUGGGAUUCACUAAGACCCACAGAGGAAGGCAUUUUUCAGGUCACCCUCACAGCAGACACUGACUGUCGAUACGUGUCCUGGAGGAGAAAAAAAUUGUAUCUGCUCUUUGCUCAGCAUCGAUACAUCUCCCGCCUGUUUUCUGUUUUAAUCGGCAGUGACAUUGCAGAUAAACUCUAUGCCUUGAACGACAGGGUAUACAUAGGGAAGAAACAUCACUAUGAUAUCCGAUUACCCAACUACUAUCAGCUGUCAAGUCCAGACUUGUCCAGAUCACCCCUAACAGAGCAGUUUCGGAAUUCCAGACAACAUUGUAACAAAUGACAUCAAAACCUGAAGUUGUUUUGAUGGCUGCAAAAAAAAAAAGAAAAGAAAAAGAAAAAGACUUCGUCAUUCCCCAGACAAGAUAGCACACUAUUAUUCUAUUUUACAACUGAAACUCAGAGUCAAGAUGCCAUCGCCAGGUGUUUAUUAAUUCAUUUUAACUUCCAUGCUGCAAAUAAACUUUACAAACGUUCAUGUAUUCCUUGCUGUUGUAAUGGAGGAUGAAUAAUGACGUGACGGGCACUCUGCCCCUUCUCUGCAUCAGAACUGAGAGAAUAAUUUCGUAUUCUCUGAUAUUUCCUCCAACAUGCCGUCUGAUACUGUUGGCACAGGAGAAGCCCUUAGCAAAUGUCAGCAGGAGAGCAGGUUGCUAUGGUCCACAGACCCAUUUCUAGAAUCUGCCUUUUCCUGACAAUCUCUGAUGAAUGUAAGUUACACUGUUGCUGUGGGAAGCAGUUCCUUUUAUAUGUGAAGUUCUCUGACAUGACUUAGAAAGAAGAAUAAAUGUAAGAAACAGUAA